AUCUCGAGCGUUCCUUUAUUUGAUCAUAAGUCAUCCGUCCGUCCUCAACAUGUCUCAAUUUCCUCCACCAAUCCAAUCCCCCUCCCCUUACAAUGGCCAUAGCACCGCAACAGAGGAAAGCGUUGAAGGAUGACACCAAUGUCCAUACAGAGAGGUCGCCUCGUUCUAAAUCCAUCCUUUCACGAAUAUUUCGUCACAACAAAUCACCCCAGUCCAUAUCAUCAAGUCAUGCCCGCCUAACAUUCGAUUGCCUGUACCUUAUUUUUACUGCCUGUGAACGUCUUAUUUGCGAAGAGUCAGCUUCUUUUGGGUUCACUGACAAAUCGCAAGACCCUACACGAGGGUAUCUGUAUGACUUGCACGAGGUCGAUCCUACGUACGCGCACAAACAACUUUCAGCCUGUUCACUCGUUUGCAAAAGUUGGACGUUGCCUGCCCAACUCCGGAUGUUACAUUCCACCAAACUGUAUCGCGCCUCCCAAGCCCAAUCUCUCAUUUCCUAUUUGCAAUGUACAGGCGGAGCAGGGAAUGCAAUUCAACACCUUGAGUUGGGUAGAGAGCCUGGGGAAAAGAGAGACCACACUUCCCUCUCUCGUUGGCAUAUAUUUGAACUCUUGCGACGAUGCCAUCGUAUUCGUUCCCUGUCCUUGCUGCAAUGGAGACCAGACGACGUAUCCAUAUCCUUGAAUUCUCGCUCCCAAUUCCUGCCGCCCAUAUCACUCGAUGUAUUAUCACAACAUGAUCCCUUCGAACGCCUCACUUCUUUGCGUCUGCAUCAAUUUGUUGGAUCCUGCCGAACCCUAGUGGAACUAUUACUUCUAGUCCCUGGUCUGGAAUCGUUAUCAUUCGAAGGGAAAACUACAGAACUCGACUAUGUAUCACUCUCAUCCUUACCUCCACCUCCAUUCAAAUUGCAACGACUUUCCGUUGCUGGGUACGAUGGUGGUUUUCUUGAUGGUAUCUCCUGGAUCCUUGCUUCUUCGUGGAGGACAUUGCGAAGACUGGAUUUAGGAUCAAUGGAAGGUCCAAUGGAACCGGAAUUGUUAGCUGGUCUUCUUCAGCCCUCAAAUAGCAUCAACUUCCUAUCCUUAACACGAUGUCAACAUAUCGAUAUCGCCUCUAUCAUCCAAAGUUGUUCGCAACUAAAAGGACUAAGAAUUGACGGUACCGCCUCUCACCCUAUACCCCUCGACACUCCUCCGUUGUUCGAUCUUCUCUUCAUUGGAGAAUUCACUCCAACGAACCAUGCUGCUCCGUCCGCCAUCAACAAGGUCCGAUUGGGCAAAUCACCCUCUGCCCGCGAAAUGGACGAUUUAAUGGAAGACCUCGAUAAUCUCCAGGCUCUUUCGAAUUUACGUAGUCUUUCGUUGGAGUUCAAUACUCGACGUGCCUACCCGGAUGCACCUCUGACACAGUUACGAGCCGUGAAGGAUUAUUGUUCUUCACGCCGGAUCGCGAUGGAUAUGCCUGAUUUGUACGACUUGGUCAUGGGUAGCAGGCAAUAUCAUUUCAAUCCCACGGAAGAGGGUCGGAAUCAACGACACUCUCGGUUCUUUACUAUACAUAUUUGAAUAUCCCUUUAAUCGUUGGUUGGCCUUCCUUGCCUGAUUUGUUCUCCCCAUUUCUUACCGCCUUUCAAGACCUGUUAUCUCGAUUCAGACGCAUGCUCUGCUUCCACAUUGAUUCUGUAUCUUGACCUCACUCGUGUAUUCGAAUAAACCUUGGCCCAUCGAAUAAUACUCCUCUGUGGAUCAUCUCCAUUCUCUACCAAUCCUCGUCCGACUUCGCAUUGUACCCUUUUUCCAGAACUAAACCAUCGUUUGGCCGCUCAUGUUACCAGAUAGAUCGACAGCCCGCUAGGACUUUGAGCUAAUAUUUGGCGGAAAAUCGUUAUCGUCUGAACCUAUGAGAUGCAUUACUAGUAUACUUAUAUCUCGCAUCAAUACCUCGUUAGAAAGA